AUGGCACAUGUGCCUUCCACGAUCUUCCACGAUAUAGUGGAGACCUCCCGGCUCGGGCAGGACCGGGAAUUGAUGGCAUUGUUACAACACCACACCUCUAAUGAUUCACCGCUUUAUAACGAGGUACAAUCGCUUAUUGCCGGGCUCAACUUGCAAAAAUUUGACUCAUUUCCAUUUGCAAAUCAUGAAAAAGAUACUCCAGCAGGCUCUGGAGUUCCUCGGAAGCAAUUGGCUGACAAUUAUCCCCAUGAUAUGAAGAUAAGUACUCAUGAAGUUCCCAAAUUGACCAAGACACAGCGGAGAAUGUCGUUUGACUUGAUGCAGAUGCACAAUGGAACGCAGCGGUCUCCUCGAGUGCUGCUCAGCAAGCCUCCAGAGGCAGCAAUAACCAAUGUCAAUAUUGUGACUAAAGUUACGGAUUUAGAGAGUCAUGGCUACACCCCUUUACAGACAGAGAAAAAGAACACCCUAAAGGACAAGUUCAGCUCGUACCAUAACCGCUUCAAGCUUGUCAAUCGCACAAAAAAGGAUCCGCCUGGGCAGAUUGCCCCAGCUACCAAGAAUUCAGCUUCUUCAGGGGCAUUUAAAAGACUACAGGCAAAUGCGGCUUCGGAUAGUAGCGCUGAAACGAGCCAAACACACUCCGUGUGGAAUUCGAAUUCUCCAAGAAGAAUCUCAUUGGUGGGUGAAAACCUUCCACCGUACAUUAAGAAGCAACUUGGCCAUAAGAAUGAAGGCGAUGGAGCUACAAAUCAUCCCACGGAAGAUCAAAACGUGCCCAAAAAUCAAAUACACGUAAACAAUCUAAGUGAUGUUGCUGGUCUGGGGUCGACGUCUCGGUCUGCCACUCACGAGCAUAGAGGGCCUGAGGCAUCUAGUCAUUCUGAAUCGGUACCAAUAAAGAAUAACGACAGCGAAAUAACAGAUAAUUCGUUUGGCCAUACCAACAAUGAGUCUGCGAUCUCUGAGGCUGACAAGGAGUACAUUCUGCCCAGUCUGUUCAAUCGGUUCUUGGACUAUGGAGAGCACGACUCACUGGAAAGUGAAUCACAUGGAUCUGCCAGCGAAGAGGAUCAAGAGGACGAAGAAGACGACGAGGACGAUUAUCUUUUCAACAGUCAUGCAUUCUGA